GGAGGACCUGUGGGUGCGAGAGGGGAAGAUCCUCAACCCAGAGAAACUCUUUUUUGAUGAGAAGGGCUCUGCUGACAUCCAGCUGGACUGCAAGGACAGCAUCAUCGCCCCGGGCUUCAUCGACGUCCAGAUCAACGGAGGCUUUGGGGUGGACUUCUCCCUGGCUACAGAUGACUUCAAAUCAGGGAUUGACCUGGUCAGUCAGAAGAUCCUCUCCCAUGGAGUGACCUCCUUCUGUCCCACCUUGGUGACCUCUCCUCCAUCCGUGUACCACCAGAUUCUCCCUCAGAUCAGUAUAAGAAAUGGUGGAGCCCACGGAGCAGGAAUCCUGGGGGCCCAUCUGGAAGGACCGUUCAUCAGCAGGGAGAAGAAAGGGGCGCACCCAGAGCACUGCCUCCGCACCUUUGAGGCAGGCGCCUUCCAGGACCUGCUGGCCACCUACGGGUCCUUGGACGGCGUCCGGAUAGUCACCCUUGCCCCAGAGAUGAGGAGGAGCAGCGAGGUGAUCCGGGAGCUCACCAAGCAGGGCAUCUGCGUCUCGCUCGGUCACUCGGUGGCUAACCUCUCCCAGGCUGAGGAGGCCGUGCAGCACGGCGCCACCUUCAUCACUCACCUCUUCAACGCCAUGCUGCCG